CCUGAACAUCAUCAUCAUCAUCAUCAGCUCACAUCUACCUGACAGAACAAUCAGUGGAUCAUCACCAUGAAGACUGUCCUGCUUCUCUCUCUGCUCGUGUGUGCUGCAUUUGCAGCUCCAGCUGCAGAUGAACAGAAGGCUCCAGAAGCAGCAGUGGAGGCCCCAGAGGAACACGUGGCUGCUGCACCUGCAGGUGAUGUUGAGGAGGCAGCAGCACCUCAAUCUCGUUUUAACUUCUGUCCAGACGGCUGGUUCAGCUACAACUCUCGCUGCUUCAAGUUUAUCAAUACUCCUCUGUCCUGGUACAGUGCUGAGGAACACUGCAACAGCCUGGGGGCCAACCUGGCCUCAGUCAGCAACCCCAGAGAGUACAGCUUCCUCCAGCAGAUGACUCAGACAGCCGGUCAGAGCAUCGCAUGGCUGGGAGGCUUCAACCUGCAGGGCCGGUGGAUGUGGAUUGACCGUGAAGGUUUCUACUACACCAACUGGUACUCCCCAUCCUCCACCAGCAGCUACCCCUGCAUGUACUUACGCUCCACCAAUGGUUGGGGUAACACCCAGUGCGGCUCUGGUUAUCGCUUCAUCUGCUCCAAGAGCCCAUUCAACUGUUAACAUACAUGCUAAACACCUGGAGCCUUGGGAUGGAUCAGCUGGGAGGUUUUUCCUGUUUCAAACCAACUUAUGAACUUUGUUGUGUGUCUCACUGAAUGACUGUUGUCCAUUGUGUAUUCUGAUAAAGUGCUCAGUAACUGUUGUGUCA